AUGCCGGACUUCAACGCGCACGGCCUUGACCCAAGUUGGGCCGAGCCAGAGGCAGAGCAGGUGCAGGAGUUCUUCGACAAGCUGUCGGAGAAGGAGGGGGAGAUGCUGACCCAGAGUGUGCCGAAGAGAGCCAAGGCCUCGAUGGGAGGCCAGCCCUCGGCGGGCACCUCGAGCGCUCCCUUGGCGGACCAAGAGAAUAUCGGCACUGUCAUCGAGGAGGUCACCAGGGAUGCUGAGGCCGAGGCGAACAAGAUCUUCGCCGAGGAGGCCGCCGAUGAGGACGCCACCAAGGAGCCUGCCGGGAAGGCCGGCGAGGCCACUGCCGAGGAGGCCAGCAAGGGCGCUGCCGAGGAGGGGGCAGUCAACGACCAACCUUCCUCCUCUGUCGCCUCCGCUCGGGCAAAUACCCGAAGAUACGUUGGAGACGUAUCACAAGCCCAUGAGGAGCUGAAGGUUGCCCAGAACCUGCUGGCCGAGCGCAAGUUGGAGCUUAUCAUGAAGCAGGCCGACAUCGAGAAGACCCAGGAGGCGGCAAGGGAACUGGCUGCCAACGACGAGGCUGCUCAGCACCAGCACCAGGCCGAACUGAACUCCCAGUAG